GCUCCCGUCUCUUCUCAGGAGAGGGGGCCAGAGAGCGGACGAAAGGCUGAGGAAACCUUGGCACCUGGGGAGGCUUCUGAAGAAUCGGGCUCAGCCGGAGUCUCCAGGCUCCCUCGGCGCUGCCAGCCUCCCCCGGGGACAGACUGUUCCAGGGCAGCUGCCCGAGGGAAAUACUCAGUCCCCACAGGCUUUGUCCCUGUUCAUUGCAGACCCUCGGGGAGCACCCUUCCUCAGCCCCGCUCCACGCCCUGCUGAUGACAGCCGUGCAGGGUCUGACAACACCCACCCUGCAGAGAUUUAGAGCCGCAGAGGAAGAGCUGAGGGCCAUCGUAUCUCUCCACGGAGACAAGAUGGAGAGAGUUGGAGACGUCGUGGGAGGGAUCUUAAUCUGGCUCGACAACGUCUGCGAUCCCAGAGCCAGAAAAGCAGCGCUGAGGGCCACGGCCUUGCUGGCUCGCUCCCACCCCCAGGACGUGGUUCUAACCUGUGUGGCUCACACGCUGUCAUCGCACAGCUGUGCCCUUGAGCUGUGGAAGGCCUUGGGUGAAGAACCCCAGCUCACCAGGGAGGUGCUGCGGCAGCUGCUGGACAAGCUCCAGCAGAGACGCCGGGAGGAGAAGAGCGGCCAUGUGUCUCUGGCUGCCAUGAAGACCAUUUACGAGGUCCUUUUCCUUUGGGGAUACCGAGAAGCCAUCCUGGAAAUGUAUCCCCAGCUGCUCAUCCUCUGCGUCAGGCAAGUGCAGUAUGUGAUGGAUCUGCACUUGCCAGGGACCUACAUGGCCAGCGACACAUCCAGCCCCGAGGAGGGAUCCAGCUGCCUCAGCCCCCUAAGCACGUCAGUGGAGGCUGUGAAGACUCUUUUCUCCAUGCCCGGCUACUGGAAGGAAUUUGCCAUCAUCCAGUUUCAGCAGGGUUGGGACACGAUAGCCUCCCGAUAUUACUACUCACAGGGUGUUGGCCUGAUUGCAAGAGCCAUGAUCGAGUGUGAGAACCCUCAGCUCCCUGCAGUUUUCAGAGAGGCACUCACCAUCGUCCAGAGUGAGAGGGAGGAGGAGCAGAGAACCAUCGCCAUGGCUUUCUGUAUUGAGUUUCUCCAGAGUCCUUCCAUUGAGACAGUGCUGACAAAAUCAGAGCUCCGGGCGCAGCUCAUGGAAUGGAGCAAAGACACAAAUCCCGUCAUACGUAAGCUCAGUCUGCGAGGCCUUGGCAGUAUUGUGUUCCAGCCAGAAAAGGUGAGAUGGUUACAGGCCCAGCUGCCAGGAACCGUGGCCAGGUUUUGUGACCGGGAUGGAGGGUGUGUCAAGGAGGCCAUGCACAAAGCUGGAGACAUCAUCUACCUCCUCAGGAGGGAGGGGCUUGGCUCCAUCUCCCAGGACAUUGCAGUCAGCCUUCGCCCCUUCAUUGAUGACGAGAGGGGCAGUGUGCGCUCAGCUGCCAUUUCACUGCUUGGCAACGUGGUGAGCAGGGUGCAGGACCCGGACAAACCCCUCGUGCAGCAGGAAAUCAUCCACUGCUUGCUCCCGCUGCUGCUGCAUCUUGCAGACCAGGAGGAGAGUGUGACACUGCGAUGUAAACUGACGCUCUUCCGCUGCGCAGUGUUUCUCGGCUGGGCUCAUUUGAAGAGGCUGUUCCGCAGCAUGGCCUGGGAUGGCUCCUCACAGCUCUUGAAGUGUGUCGGGAAGUGCUUGAUGCAGAACAACAAGAGCCACAUCCCCAAAUUCCUGUUCCAGGCCCUAGAGUACCUGGAAAGCUCCCAGACAACAAUACGACACUCUGCAGCCUUGUUCAUUGGAAAUACUAUCCGCCAUUACUACAAUUUGUUGUCUGAAACAGUGAAUGAAGAUGGCAUCUCCCGCCUGUAUGAAGCUUUUCAGGAAGUGCCUUUGAAAUCUGACAGGACCACGUGGGACAUCCUCAACAGACAUUAUAAAUGGUUGCAGAAGCUUGUAAAUCUCGUGUCGGGUUCUGCAUUUGACUAGGGAACCGGGACCGACACAGAAGAGCUCUUUGUCCUGCUAUGACAUCUGGAGGCCAACAGGAGCCAACUGAGCCCACCACUGAUCCCAUCUCUUGUGAGAUGGCAAAGCAGCUGUUGCAUGGGAAGGAGGAGACAGAAGAGGCCGAGCAGCGUGUGCCGCGGUGUACCAACCCCACAUAACCCCACAGUCUAGGCGGAGGAAGCCAAGCCCCUCCCCAGCCCUGCUGGACACACUAGAACUGGAGCACCAGUGUGAAAGGGAGCAGCUGAGCUCACGCUAGGGAGAGCGCCGAAAAUGGAGGAUGCACAUUGUAGGCUCCAGUCCAGAAGCAGCUGAAGCCCCUGACUGCAGAGCCCCGAGGCGCCGAGACCCAGCCGCACCCCCGGGGGCCUGCAGACGUGCAAGGGAGAUCGGAGUGUCUGGGAGUUUCCCACGCCGGGAGCCCAGAGACCCCCAGCCCGUGGCCUAGAGACUUCUCCUCUGAAGUAACCUGGGUGAACGAGCCAUUGUCAUGCUGAGUGACGUCAGCAUGUUCUGGCUGGAUCCCCACUGACUCAACGGCAAACACAUUGGCCACGGACAAGGCCCUGGGCUAGGGCAAGGGGGAGUAAGGAGAGUCUGGGUCCCCCUUCCCUGGCUGCCAUCCAUCCUCGGGUGGCUGCCCACGUCCCCAUUGCGCCACUAGACUGCACGGCCCCAAGAGGAGGGGCAACCAUCUUGUCUCUGAACUCUCAGCCAAACAGCCCUGCAAUGAAGGGCACCGCACGGACUCU